UGGGCAUUUCUGGUGGUGCAGCUCCUAAGGCUGGAUCUUCUAAGGAAAACUGGCUGAGGAAAUAUAACUCGCUGAAGGCGGUUACCUUUGUUCGAAGCCAACUGAGACAGCACCAGCACUCAGUAAUUACAGUCGUACAGUUUCCAGGAGACUCCUUCUUCACCAAACCUGUCGUCUCGUGUCCCCAUUUGUAACACUGUUCAUUAUAUCCAACCUGCUGCCGUCACUCUGGAGCUUUCAAAAGUGAUUUUGAACAAGUUUCUGCUGCCUGAUGAUGCUGGGUUGUGGGCCCAGCUUGGAGACAUUGGAGAUCCUCACACUGGCUCCAAGCAAGAGGACAGAUGGCACGUGUGCGUGCAUAAGGCUCUGGAACAGCACUGCUGAUCUGAGGAAAGUGCAGAAAGCCAAACUGAGCUCACACUGAUGCUCAGAAAAGAUCUGAAUAGGAUUCUGCUAAAUGGGUCCCACUGACUGCUGUAAAGACCUAAAACUGGUGAGCAGGUGAAGCGCAGGAAUGCGGAGCUAUGGCCUCCCCUCCAGCUUCAGCUUUGCUUUAAGGCUACCUCUGUCCUCACAUGGAUUAAAAACAAAGCUCUCUUAAAAAUGUGGCUCAUUAGCGGUUCUUGCCAACAGAGGAUGACACUUGAGCUCCUGAAGGCUGUUCAGAAGGCAGCAGGACACAAUGCCGUGCAUGGAGCCGUUUCCCUUUCAGGAAGCUUUAACAAGAACCUGCUACCUCUGUUUUUCCAAUAUAUUCAUCUGUCACCAGAGCUCCACGUGAAGUCCUCUGCUAUUCCUUCAUCAGACCGGCAGUGCGGCAGAAAGGCCUGGAGCUGGUCGGAGCCAACCCCAGGCCUGAGUGCCAGAUUGUCGAUAAAUGCAGUAAACAACAGGCUGCUUUCUUUCAGAACAAGUUAUAUGAAGUCGUCAUCCAUUUGGCGACCUGACUCUUCUGGGUUUCCUCAGAGCACAGCACUACACAUCAGCCCUGGUUACAUGGUGUACCCGAUGGGGACAUCUAAUGCAGUUGCAUUCCCUGACUACUGGGUGCUCCAGCAGCGGGAGCUGUCUGGGAUGCAGCCACCUUGUCGUCCUCAGCCACCCAAAUACCUUCAAAAAUCAGUCUUCUGGUGGACUCUGCCUUGCUUUACUGUGCCAAUAGAGACAUAGAUGCACCAAUAUUGGUGAUCAAAGGUUCCCAGGAAGCAGAGCAACGCAGUGAAACUGAAAUCAUUAUGUUGACUGAAUUUGUUACCACUGGACUCGCCCCACCAUGAAAUAGCACUGUGCAGCCAAUUGGGAUUCAUGGUCACAGCCCUUUAUUGGAUCAUCAGGGUUUAUAGUCCAUAACAAAUACAAAUACAGAAAGGAACAAUAACAGUAUGAUACAUCUGACCUAUUAUCCCACCUUACCAGAAUCUGUCUGUGUCAUGAGUACUGAAGUAGCGACCAGCUGAAUGUUUUCUGAGGGCUUUCUUUCAUACAGACAAAUGGGAGAGUCACGUAUGAAAUGGAAGCCAAGUCUCCAAAUACAGUGCUCUUUGUGCUGUCUUUAAUGACUAAAAGCCAUCCUUAUGAGUACAACAUGUCGUUUGUGAUUUUUUAAGAUAGCGGUUUGUAGGGAAGCUUGGGAGCUUUGCUUGAAGCAUGUGAACACUGCAGAAAUAUUUGGUUAGAGAAGUAACUGAAGUCAGUUCUGCGGAGUACUUCAGAAGAAAUCUGAAAUCCCAGCAGAUCACCCCUUUCAAAGAAGCAAACAUGACUGUCUACCUGCCACCAAAAUGCGAGAGCCAUCUCCAGCGUAAAAAUACAGAGUCAGCACAACCUCUGUUUGCAACUCAGCCACUCUGUGCUACACAGCAUGGCUGAUCCUUAUGUAUUUUGUCAAUCUAAUGUUUCUUUUGAAACAUAUAGAAGGUCUCUGUAGUAGAGAGAUUUAAUCUACCUAUGGCACUUUCACAGUUAUCUGUUCAGGUUAAUCUUGGGAGGCUGGUUAUAGAUAUAGGACAUUAGAUCAAUUCUUUCUGUACUCCAAUGGUAAAAUAAAAAUGGUGAUCUGAAACUCAGAUAAGCAGGGAAUCAUGAGGGCUUGAUUCCUCUUCUCUAAGUCCUGUACUAACAUGUAUGAACUAUCUAAGACUUGUACUAACACGUAGGAAACAGAAAGAUGUGUGUCCUAAAGGUCACGUCUUUGGGAGCUGUUUAUGUAUAUUUUAGAUCAUAUUUCAUGGUAGAUGGAGGUGCAUGUUUAUAUGCUGAAGAGAAAAAAUAGAAAUGUGUGUGCCAAUUGACAAUCCUGAAGUUUUCCAAGUUUGAACAACAUAAUUUCUGAUCUAGUAUAAGGUAAGUUUGGUGAAAGAUUCAGUUGUAUCUGGUCUGACCAUGCACAUGUAUUGUACCAAAGUUAGCCACUCUCUGCAUGCGCUGUCUUAAUGUUUGGAUCUUUUCUUUGGAUGUCUUGUCACUUUUGUCUCUCUCAAUCCCAGAUUGUGCCCAGCCUGCAGAUCCUAGUGCCUCUGCUUGCUUUGUUUGCAGGCUUUCAUUUUCCAGAACUACCACUGAAAGACUAAAUGGUGCCUUUUUUUAAAAUUAUUAUUUUAUUUUUAGAAGAUUUUUCUAGCAGAGUUGAGGUUUCAAAGAAAACAAAAGAGGAAUUUGGAUGUGGAUGUGCUGUGUGAGUCCUUGGGAAACAUGCUUUGGCAGAUAGCCGUGUGGAAUUGCUCCUAGGAGGGCUGUAUAUAAAAGACUUAUAUAGUACUCCUGAACAGACCUGAUUUCCAGGUCAAGGUUUAACCCAUAACAGACAAUAAUAGUUAUUGCUCUAAGGCAGUGGAGUACAGGCUGGAAUUUAUAUAAUAACAUCCUUUGUACAGGAAAAUAUGCAAAAGAUAUUCUACAUAUUCAAAAAAAAAAAAAAAAAAAAAGGAAAAUUGAUAAGUGGAUCUUUGUUUGGUUUCUGAAUGUUUGUGUGUGUGUGUGACCAGUUUGCCACGUUCAAGUCCAAGUUUAUGCUAAAACAUUUUCAGAUCAGCACUGUUAGGGUAAUAUAGCACAAUUUCCAAUAAUUUGGAAACUGAUCUUACAGUGUGUUUGAAAUACCACUAUGGGACAAAGAUAUUAAAAUCUUGUCUUCCUGUGUCAUGGAUGCUUCGUGCUCAGGAUGUGGUUCUCACAGAGGCUGGAGCAUUAUUUUCCAUACCCUUUCCCCCCAUUUAGCUUCUAGCUACUUAGACAAAAUUGAGUAAAGAAGCCUUUACCUGAGAACCUUUUCACUGGUUGCCAUGCUUUUAAAGCUUUAAAAGCUUUUGCUGAAAAG